AUGACUCACUUUCCCACGAACAAGUCACGAUCCUGGCCACCACGCGAAGCACCACCAGUGCACUCCAGUAAUGCCUCAACCUUGACCACUAUUUCGGAAACACCUACAGUCGAGAACGAAAACACCGAAGAGAAAUAUGCAGGAUACGGACAGCACCUCGACGCCCCCAAUCCAAACGCAAGUAAGCGGCUUCGACUUCGCCAUACCACGACGCAGGGCAGAAACACCCAGAACAGCCAGGACCAGCACAGACCCAACUCACAGCAACCCACGUUCCUCGCGCUCCCCGACCUCCUCCUCCUCCUCAUCAAUGGCCACCUGCCCGCGCCAUCCCAGACCGCGCUAGCGCUCGUCAACAAACGCACCCUAUCCGUGCUCGUCAACAAACGCACCCUAUCCGUGCUCGGCGGCAACCUAGUCCCGCCCAUGGGCCCAGAGAGCCGGCACGCGUUCCUCAAACUCCUCGACCGCGACCUGACGGUUCUAGUGUACUGCACCGUGUGCAAGCUCAUCCACAGCCCGUUCCACGACCCCGACAAGCCGUACGCCGCCUGGCAGGUUGACGACUCAGUCCGAGACGGCUGGCCCACCAGCCAGUACACCAUGCUCCCGUUCAAUAUGGUCCACAGCAUCACGCGCAACCACCGCGCCGGCAGAAACUACACAGAGCUGCUGUCGAUAGCCGAUCCCGGCCUCGGCGCAAGGGGCUACCCCGAGGCGAGGCUGCGUCGCGGCGCAUUCUGGUCCAAGACUCGGUUCGCCCGCGAGGCCAGCGGCAGCGGCAGCGGUGGCAACGUUUUACAGAUGGUGCAGAAGAUCCUGCCCGUCUCUCCCGGGGCCGGCGACAAGAAGAGCCUGCGCAACCUAUACGAACUUAACUGGUACGUUCGGUGGUCGUCACGCAUCUGCGACCACCGACGGUGGAACACGGAGUACCCGUUCCUGCUGUUCAACAACACGGAGGCCGUGUCGGCGCUCAAGCACAGCAGCGUAUACAGCCGGUACGUGCGCGGCAAGGACGGCUGGCGCAAGUACGCAGCCUUCACGCUAGAGCCGGACACGUUCCACGCGGCGACCGACGCGCUGCCGGCCGGCGUGCUCAACAAGUCCACCAUCGACCCGCGGCUGUACUGCGCGCUCGCGCACUACCACGACGGCAGGUUGCCGUGUUCCUGCCCGGCCAACAUGCAGGCCGGCGUCGUGCGCAGCUGCGACCGCUGCGACACCGACUUCUGCUUCACCGUCGUCACCACCGCGACCGCGCCCGGCGACCCAAACAACAAGAAGGAGGAGUCGUUCUGGGUGUUCACCAUGUGGAAGAACUACGGCGAGGGCGCCACGCGCAACGACCCCGUGUGGAAGGCCCACGUGUCCAACUAUCUGUGGCGCGAGCCGCGGCCGUCCACCUUCGCGCGGUCGUCGGCCGUGCUGUGGCCGUAUACGCAGUUCGGCAAGGCGUGUCCGCAGUCGGACGAGUACGGAACGCUCGUGUACAAGCCAAAGCCCCCGGAGCUGGCUGUCCAGAAGGCUCGCGCCGAUAAGGACCAGGAAACGAAGAAGGGCACAUAG